CGUCGGGGGCGGAGCCGCGCCACAGCCAUGGCGGCGCCCGUCGUGCCGGAGAGCGACAGCAUCCGCAGGGCCGUGUCGCUGCUCAACGCCGUGGACCCGGGCCGGUUUCCGCGGCUCCUCUCUCGCCUUCUCCAGAAGCUGCACCUGAAGGCUGAAAGCACCUUCAGUGAAGAGGAGGAAGAAAAACUUCAAAUAGCUUUUUCACUGGAAAAACAGGAUCUUCAUCUGGUUCUUGAAACGAUAUCAUUCAUUUUGGAACAGGCAGUCUACCACAAUUUGAAGCCUGCUUCACUGCAACAGCAGCUGCAAAGCAUUCACCUGGAUCAAGACAAAGCCGAAGCAUUUGCUAGUGCAUGGGCAGCUGCAGGUCAAGAGACGAUUGAAAAGUUCAGGCAGAGGGUUUUGACCCCUCAGAAGCUUGAAACAGUUGGAUGGCAGCUUAAUCUUCAAAUGGCGGAGUCCAUGCAAGCAAAGCUGAAGUCUCCUCAAGCUGUGCUAGAGCUGGGAGUGAGCAAUGAAGAUUCAAAGAACUUGAAGAAGGUGUUUGUAGAAUUUAGCCAUCAGGAGCUAUUUGAGUUCUACAACAAGCUGGAAACUAUACAAGCACAGCUGGAUUCCCUUACGUGAUGUUUUUGAAGACUUAUUUCUCCAUCAUGAUCCUGCCACCUCAUUAUUUUGAAUUGAAGAUAGAUUGCCAAGCUGCAUUUCCUGAAGGAUUCAGCGGGUUGCUUCUUGUAAAAUUAUAUGGCUUAUCUGCUUUUCAGACCAGUACCAUUAGCCAAGAGUCUUUGUCAAGAGUUUGAAGAUUCUAAUGGACUUUCUCUUGUUUGCUUAGCAGCUGUGGAAAAUAUCUUCUUUACUUACACUGGGGAAACACCCUGCCCAGACUCUCCCCCCCACCUCCCCAAAGAAUGCCACCCUGCUUCAGAAAUAUUUUUUUCAUUCUGUGUGUUACUUGAUUCUGGUAGAAAUUUGCAUGUUAGUGAGAGACUAGGAAAAAAACCCUUUUUUGUAGACAUAACUGUAGAAGUUAUAAGAAAGUACACAGCUAAUAAAAUCUCUAUCCUUUUAAAAUAAUAUUCACACAAUUGAUAAUGCUUCUUUCAGAUUUGUCAAAAUAAAUUCAGAAUUUUGAAAGUUUAUUGUGGGGCUAGUCAAAUUUUAUUUCUCUAUCUUUAUUCUAUUUUAGUUUGGUGGGUUUUUUUUUUCUUUGAAAUAAUCAACAAUGUCCCUGAUUUCAGUGUUUACUCUUGGCACUGAAAAUAAACAUGGCUUCUUAGCACUGCAUGCCCACUAAGGCAUCUAAGAAGUGUGAUGUAUAACUGAGGGGAGAAAUCUCAGAGUAUAAAACAAAAAAAUACUGAAAUGAUCUGACAGAUUUCUGAAAGCUAUGUUGAUCCUUCCUCAUGCUCUUUUUACCACCAGCAUUUUUACAUUGAACAGGAAAAAUUGAAGUAUAGUGAUUAAAGGCUGGCUUAGUCAUACUUUCACCCAUCAGUUCCAGAUGAUUCAUGAGCAGCAGGAGAAAGGUGAAAGUCAUCUUAGUUCUUGUUUGUUGACAGUUUGUAUACGACUCUGGGCUCUGGGCUUAUAGAAGGUGAGAGGAAAUUGCCUGUUCAGAGAUUUAAAUUUUUUUUCUUCCUGAUGCCUACAUCAGGGAUGGUUAAUACCCAACUGGACAGUUUCUUUCUUUGCUCAUGACCGUAGGUAUAAAUAUAACCAAAAUGUAUGUUUUGAGUAGCUGGUUUCUCCUGUAUAGUUUAGGUCCUCCUGUACCAGACUUCCCACUUUGUUGCUUUUUUGUGCCUUUUUGUUGCUUUGUUGUUAGGGAUUGUGCUGUCAACUCUAGAAUACUGUGAGGUUUGCACAAGCUGUCUGAGCUGAAAAUUAUUAGAUUCAGAUGAUAACAGCCUAUGUGUGCAUAAAGGGCACUGGAGAGAAAGCACACACCAUAGUCCUUAGCUCUUUAAGGAAGUGCCAAAUGAUACUUUACUGCUCUGGUGCAGUAACACUGUUACUGUAGAAAAAGAAGAAAGUCACCUGGAAGAAGUGAGUCACCAUUGCCCAGCAGAAUGCCCUCAGCUAUCCACUAUAGCUUGUGAGGCUGGCUGCCAAAAUCACAUCUUGUCAUAAGCCCCUGGCACACAUGCCAUAUUGUCUGGAGAUACAGGUGUCGCCUCCUACGUCUGAUUGUUUAACAAGAGUUUGGCAGCUUGCUUAUCUCACCCUGCAUAGACUGGUGCAUGUCUGCAGCUGGACACAUCCCCACCAUUCCCUCUGCUUGCUGACAGUAGCAGUACUUUGUAGUUAGUGCAGCUGAGGGAAUCCCCUUCUGCAUGACAUGUCUUCUCUACCAGUCCUGUGGCACAGUAUGCUUUGUGCAAGACCACUGCUCUUGAGCCUUUUCACUGAGUUUUCAGAGCUUAUGUUCUGGAAGUCAGGUCUAAAGUGAGUUCAGACCUUCCUGUGUAGAUACAGGGCAUACUAAGGCAGUUGCGUGAGGUGUUUAAGUUAUCUUUGUGAAUGUAGGCAGUGAUUGAUGAAUCCUGGAGGAGGAGGUGAAGGCUGGACUAGUUUGGAGAGCAAGAGCCAUGGACAAAUCAGCAGGCAUAUCUUAGAAAAAGAAGUCAGGGUCAGAAGAAAUGGGGCACAAGAGAAACAAAGGAGAAGGUAGAGAAAUGUAUAUUCCCAAGGAUGGAAUUUGGGUGUUGGAAAAUACCAGGGAGAGAGCAGAAACUUUGGAAAAGAUGACAAAAGUAUAUAUACAAAGAAAAUAUUAAACAGAGGGGAAGAUAACCUUAUAGUUGAGUGAGAGCAGGGGAAUCAGAGUAAACCAGAAUUAGCUAUGGAAACUAGCCAGUUGUAUAACUGCAUCUAGUAUUUCAAACUAACCCAGAAGUGCCAACCUUGGUGCAAAGCUGACCAAGAUCAAACUAUGGGAUAAUGAAAUACAGAUUUUAAAUCUAGCUUUAAUAGUAAAUACUUAAAAAAUUAUAAAAUUAUGUUGAAAGGGAUGAAAAAGCCUAAGACUGCAAUAAUUUUGUAAAAUACAUUUAAUGUUUUUCCUUCUUUGCAGAUGACUGAAAAGAUUUACAGUUUCUUUACAGUGUUUGCCUUUUAUUUUUUACUAACUGUACUGAAUUCUUAGUAUCAAAAGCUUUAUUGUAAGAAGUACAGUGGUUACCUUUAGUCAGGGACUGCUGAGAAAUAAACAUUUAUUUUAAAAAGAUUUUUCUGUAUGUAAUGGGAAGCUUUGGGGUUGUACAUUGUUAUGGAGCAAGGACGUAACCCGUACCAUCUUAGAGAAGAACACUGCCACUUAAAUUUAAGUGCUACUAAGGAGAGAAAAUUGGCUAACUGAGAAAGAGCAGAAGACUUUGGGGGUUUUGUUAGGUCUUGCAGAAAAGAAGGCUUUUAUCCUGGUUGCUUCUCUCUGGGCAUGAGUGAACCUGGAGAGGGGAAGAUUAUUCUUCUCCUGAGAGAAGCUGUCUCUGCUUGGUUUGUAUAGAGUCCUGGUGUCACACAAGUGUCAGUGAACAAGAGGAAAAACAAGCACUGGCACAGACUAGGUCAUGCAUGGGUAGAUCUGCCUGAAGCAGGGACUCAACCCAGUGCCUUAGGGGUGGCAGAAAGAAAAACACUUCUGGGAGGAAGGCAGCGUGUGCAGACUGCACAGAAUGACCACACCAGGCUGGUGCGAGAGCCUAGACAGGUGUGUGCAUUCUGGAGGUGUUCAAGCUGUGGUUAUGGGUACUGGUGAAAAACAAAGCACUUGAGUCUCAGGGCUAUUUUGAAUAGCCCUGAGAAGAAUUUUGAAAUUUUUUAUUGCAGAAAACAAAAGGGAUGCUUUUUCCAUGUUCAGGAUCCUAGCAUACUGGCCUGUAAUAUCUCUUGGACAUGAUCCAGAUUUGAAAUUACCAAGGCUUCACAUAGUGUUGAAGGAAGAUAUUUGCAGAGAUUUAUUGAACUCUAAAACUGGAAAUUGGAAUGAGUAAGAAUUACUAAAUCUUUCAGAUCUUCCAGUGCAUUUAAAAAAACAUUUGAUUCAUCUUUGUUCAGACAUUAAAGACAGUAUUUUCUGUGACUGUGCUUCUUUCAAAACUAUAAUGUCAAAAUCUGCCUCAAAUGGACUGUUGGCAAAAGAAGGAAAUCUUUUGAUUCAGGUGUAACAAGCAUCAGUAAUUUUUUGACGCAAAGAUUUGGAGUUCUGGACCUAAGGGAAAGCCAGUUCUCAAACUGCCUCAAAAACACCAAAUUACUGGUGAAGGGCAACCACUUGUACAUCACUGAGAAGAACCAACACUAAUGGCAUGUUAAUGCUUGUUGAGUAUAAAUGCAUUAGAUUAUCUUUGUCCAGUUCAAACUUGGAGAUGUAAUUCCUGUUUUUUAAGCAAAUACAAAAUGUCUGUAAAUUUUUGCAUUUUAUUUUUGUUGAAGUAAAAUACGUAGUUAGACAAA